CCAUCAGUUCUCAACUCGACGACGAACUUUGUGGUGGUCUCCCUCCUCAGGAAUUUGGGAAAAAUGAAAGUGGCCGUACUGUUGGCGCUGGUUGGUCUGGCGAGCUGCCGUAUGGCUCUCAUCGGAGGGGACCGAGCCAAGGACGUCACCAUCAAGUACUCGUACUUGGACGAAAAUGGCAAAACCGUCGAGGUCGAGGUCGAAGCUGAUCGCUUGGGACUCCAGCUGACGCCCAAGGCAGCUCCUGCUCCACCUGCUGUUCCUCUUCAACCCACACCUGUUGCUGUUCGUUACGUCCAACAGGCAGCUGCGCAGCCAGCAACACCUGUCCUGACGAAGCGGUUCCUCCAGGUGGCUCCGGAACCCGUGUUCGCCCCCAGCUUCUUUGUUCCUCAGCCUCAGGUGGUGACUCGCUACGUCCCGGUGGCUGCUCCUUCUGCGCCUGCGCCUCGUUACGUCAAGGUCGACUUCGAUGACGUCGAAGACGACGACGAUGACGUCAGGAGGGUCGUCUACCGUCCAGCCAGCAGCAGCAGGACCGUGGCACCUGCAACUGUUGCUGCUGCUGUGCCCGCAAGAAGGGCAUCGCGCCCAGCUGCUCGCCCCAGGGCAUCUGAUGACGACAGCGCCGAGGAUUAAAUGCAUCGUCAGCCUUUGGAGAUUCCAAGCUAAAGACCGUGAAAAUGAAUGUUGUAAUUCGGAGGAGAAAUUAAACUAUUUUGAUAAACA